AUGUCUGGUAAAACAUCAAGUAACGAAUAUUUACAAGUCGUCUUCCUGAUCGACGAAAAUUCGUCGAAUAUCAACGACAGAAUCACAGGAAAAGAUGCUUCUAACUCAGUUUGUUUGUGUGUUUUGAGGAUUCUUUCGUACAUCAAUGAACUCCGAGAUCAAAAUAACUCCACUCUUCGUUGGGGAUUUAAAUUCUACGACUCCAGAUCUCUGAAUCAAAGAUACCAGAGACAUAAUUUUAAAGAAUUCUGCGUUUCUGAGUUCGAACAUUUUGAGAAAGACGUCAGCGAACGCUUUGAGGAAGAAGUAAAAGGUCGAGCACAAGAACAAAAUGAUGAGGAAAUGUCUACUCAUACGGAUGAUGAAUUUGCUUCUAAUACGACUACAACAAGACCAACAGCUUCAAAAUCUCUCACUUGUGCGUUAACUGAUCUUGUUCAUGAUUUCCAAUGGGAGAUCAAUGACUUGAAUUCUCCUUUACGAACCACAAGGCGAUCAAAUCUACUUCAAAACAAUGCUCGGAGAGCUAACAAUAUCGUGUUUCUGUUCUCAAAAUGUCCGAGGAAUUUGAACUCUCUUCGCGAAUUUUGUGGCUUCAAGGUUCAAGAUUUAAAUUCUUUGAAGAAUGCUAUGAUGUCUGAUGCUCUCUUUAGAGAAUUUAAUGAAGUUUAUAAGAUCAAUCUGAAUUGGAUUAACACUGAGUAUAGUGAUGUUAUGGACCAAGAUGUUGUAUACAUGAUGGAAGCAUUUCUUCAAAUGUUCAGCGGCACACUUAUUCCAUUACAGUCUCUUGUCUGCACCCAAAGUAACCCCUCUUCAUCACUGGAUUCUUCAAUUACAGAGCAUUCAAAUUCUUCUACACAGUGUGGCCUGAUAUUUCCAGUCAUGUCUGUACUAAAUCAGUAUAUGGGAAAACUUAAGUGUGCUGGAAAUGAUGGUCAGUCUUCUACUAGUAUGGUAAAGUUACAAAAUCCUGAAGAUAGUGCAGUACCAGACAACUUUUGGGUUGGAUGGCUAUGUUCUCCAGGUGCUAAGCCAGUUUUUCACUGUACUCUGCAACUAAGUUCAAUGUUGUCAUCACAUUCAUCCAAAAAUACAGAGGCAAGGGACUCUUCUUCUACCACAAAUUCUACCAGCAAACCAACUCUUAUAAUAAGAAAACAAUCUGGUACUGAAAGCAUAGUUUCUUCUCAUAACAUCUCAACAUCUGAAUUAGACGUUAUAUCCACUGAAAGUGAAAACAAURACACCCAGAAAAGUUGUCCGAAUGUGUUCUGGAUUAAAGGGGCUGUGAGAAGAGAUAAAAUCUGUCCUUCUUGGUUUCACCUAACAAAAGUUUACACUUGUGUAGCCAUGGUAACAGAGAAAGGAAAUGAGCUCACUUGGUCAGGACUUUCUGGCUGGUUUCAAAGACUAAUGCUGACCUUAGCCAAGCAGAAUUUAUCGCUGGUCAUAGAGCUGAGAGAUCCAGAGUCUGGGAUACCUGUCACUUCAGUACUCCAGCCUUUGACAUCUGUCUGUGGUGUUCUCAGCAUUGUUAACUCCAGUAAACUUCUUACACUGGAAAAACUUCUUCUCUGGAAUCAGAGAAACUCCUCUAAAAGAACAGUAGAUAGCAGUGAAUGGCUUUUAGAUGAGGGUUGGAAUAUUCCAGAAACUCCGGAUCAUGGAACAGCAAGAAAUCUAACAUCCAGUGAGAUUCAUUGUCCAUUGAAUGUACAAUCUCCAGCUGGCUGUUCUUCUGUAGCUUUUUCUUCACAAGAUCUCAAUAGUUGGUCUCUAGGAUUGGCUUGUCUGGAAAAAGGACCAGAUGUUGUACAACCAUCUUCAGAAAAAUGUUCUGAUGAUGGAACCACUCAAGAAAGCUCUUUGAUAAAAAAACUCAAAGAACUGUACAGCAAGAAAAGAAGUAAGAAACCAAAGCUUGAAGUCAAGAAAACCAAAUUAAAACACUUGGAAAAAAGAAAGAAAGAAAA